AUGAUAGCGCUCACCAACAACCUUGUCACCAUCACCACUGUAACCACUACUAUCAUCAUCACCCUCACCAUCUUCACCACAGCCACCACCCUUAUCACCACCAUCACCACCUUCAUCACCAUCUCCACCCCCACUACUCUCACCACCACCAGCACCAUGACUACAACAGUACAGGCCAUGAGGGACUCCAGUUGGGGGGAUCCUUGCCUCUUUACCAAGCUCCAGGGUGAAGACAUCUUAAACCAGAGGAAUGACUCUCUAGUGCUGGAGUUUCAGUCAUCAGCCAGCCGAUGUAGGAGUGUCUAUGAACCAGAUAGAAAUGUGUUACGGAGGAAAGAACGAGAAAGAAGAAAUCAGGAAACUCAGCAGGAUGAUGGCACAUUUAAUUCCAGUUAUUCCCUCUUCAGUGAACCCUACAAGACUAACAAGGGGGAUGAGCUCUCCAACCGGAUCCAGAACACUUUAGGCAAUUAUGAUGAAAUGAAAGACUUUUUAACUGAUAGAUCCAAUCAGAGUCAUCUCGUUGGUGUUCCCAAACCGGGGCUCCCUCAGGCCGCUGUGAACAAGCUUGAUGAGCAUUUUGUUGCAGAUUCACGAGCCCAGCCCCAGCCCUCGUCUGUCUGCAGCACUGCACCCUCCACACCAGCAGCCGUCCCCGUGCCGCAGAGUAAGAGGGGCACCAUGGGCUGGCAGAAGGCUGGGCACCCGCCUCCCGACGGCCAGCAGAGAGCAACACAGCAGGGCUCUCUCAGGACCUUGCUCGGCGAUGGUGUUGGCAGACAGCAACCACGGGCCAAACAAGUGUGCAACAUAGAGGUGGGUCUUCAGACCCAGGAAAGGCCCCCUGCAAUGGCAGCCAAGCACAGCGGCAGUGGACACUGUGUUCAGAACUUUCCUCCAUCCCUGGCUUCAAAACCCAGCCUGGUCCAGCAGAAGCCGACUGCAUACGUGCGGCCAAUGGAUGGCCAGGAUCAGGCUCCUGAUCAGUCUCCGAAGCUUAAGUCAUCCACAGAAGCCAACGUGCACUGCACAUCGUACAGAGGAGUCCCGGCCACCAAGCCAGAGUCGGCCAGAGCAAAGGGCAAGCUUCCCAAGUUCAGCGUCCCCAAACAGGUGGAGGAGAGUAGAUCUGGAGAAACCAACAGCUGUGUGGAAGAGAUCAUCAGGGAGAUGACCUGGCUUCCACCACUUUCUGCUAUUCAAGCACCUGGCAAAGUGGAAUCCAGCAAAUUUUCAUUUCCAAAUAAGGACUCUCAGCUCGUUUCCUCUGGACACAGUAAUCCAAAGAAAAGUGAUGCUGAGACAGAGAGUCCAGACAAUGGCACCUCAAAUACAUCAAUGCUAGAAGAUGACCUUAAGCUAAGUAGUGAUGAAGAGGAGAAUGAACAGCAGGCAGCGCAGAGAACCACUCUCCACGCUCUGUCUGACAGCGCCGUGGUCCAGCAGGCCAACUGCAGAGCCUCAGUGCCUUCCAGCAAGGGCAGCAGCAGCGGCAGCAGCAGCAGCGGCAGCAGUUCAUCCAGUGACUCGGAGAGCAGCUCCGGAUCCGACUCGGACACCGAGAGCAGCUCUAGCGAGAGUGAGGGCAGCAAGCCUGCCCACUACCCCAGCCCCGAGGCUGAGCCGGCGUCCUCUAACAAGUGGCAGCUGGAUAAAUGGCUGAACAAAGUUAAUCCCCACAAGCCGCCUAUCCUGAUACAAAAUGAGAGCCACGAGCCGGAGGGCAGCCAGUACUACGCCCCAGGGAAAGACCAAGUGCAGGACUGCACGAAGCUCCCAGAUGGGUGCCAGGCCGUCCUGAGAGAGAAGGACAUCAAGAGCACUUGCAAGGAGGAGCAGAGGCCAAGGACAGCAAACAAGGCGCCAGGGGCCAAGGGGGUGAAGCAGAAGUCCCCGCCCGCGGCCGUGGCAGUGGCUGUAACCACAACUGCCCCGCCACCUGCAGUCCCCGGCGCACCCCCCGACAACACGCCUGCUCGCAGGUCUGCAGGCAAGAAGCCGCCUAGGCGCACGGAGAGGACCUUAGCCAGCGACAGCGCCAACUGCCACCGGCCUGAGGAGCCCGCCGACGCCCUGGGGACAGGUGUGGUGAUCCCCCCAGAGCCCACCAAAGCCAGGCCCUGCAGCAACAGCAGAACAGGCCACCGCAAGGAGCUACGGGCCUCUGCCUCUGUCACCUGUGAGAAGCGCCGCACACGGGGGCUGAGCAGAAUUGUUCCCAAGUCCAAGGAGUUCAUCGAGACAGAGUCAUCAUCUUCGUCCUCCUCCUCGGACUCAGACCUGGAGUCAGAGCAGGAGGUGUACCCUCUGGCCAAAGCACAGGCGGUGGCUGCUACAGCCUCUGCAAGUGACCAGAGGCUCAAGGAGGCUGCCGGCAGCAUCAGCGGAGGCGGUGGCCCCCGUGCACCGGUGGGCUCCAUCAACGCCAGGACCACCAAUGACAUUGCCAAGGAGCUGGAGGAGCAGUUCUACACACUGGUCCCCUUCGGCCGCAAUGAACUACUCUCCCCACUGAAGGACAGUGAUGAGGUCAGGUCCCUAUGGGUUAAAAUCGACCUGACCCUUCUGUCCAGGAUCCCAGAACACUUGCCCCGGUUGCCGGGGGUCUUGAGUGCUCCUGCCACCAAGGACGCCGAUAGUGCACCUCCCAGCCAGCCAUCCGACACACCUGCCGAAAAGGCUUUGCCAAAAUCCAAGAGGAAACGCAAGUGUGACAAUGAAGACGACUACAGGGAGAUGAAGAAGGCCCAGGGGGAAAAGGACAGCUCAUCACGACCAACCACCUCUGUCAGUAAUGCUUUGUCUGCGAACCAUUGCAGCAUGGCCAUCAACAGCUUGGCAAUACCCAUAAAUAAAAAUGAAAAAAUGCUCCGGUCGCCGAUCUCACCCCUCUCUGAUGCCUCUAAACACAAACACUCCAACGAGGACCUGACGUCUUCCAGCAGGUCCAAUGGUGGCGGUUUGUUCACUUCUGCCCCCUCCAACAAAAAGCACAAGGCCGAGAACCAGCUGCAGCCUCACAGCGGAGAACUCACGAAAAUGGUUCACAACAAUUCGGAAAAUGCUGUCCAUAAGUCACGGCCACAGACAGAGCCAUGGUCUCCUGGCUCCAACAGCCACCAGGACUGCAAGAGGCAGAGACUUGUCUUCGACGAUAUGCCGCGUAGUGCAGAUUAUUUUAUGCAAGAAGCCAAACGGAUGAAGCAUAAAGCAGAUGCAAUGGUGGAAAAGUUUGGGAAGGCUUUGAACUACGCCGAGGCGGCCUUGUCAUUCAUCGAGUGUGGAAAUGCGAUGGAGCAGGGCCCGAUGGAAUCCAAAUCCCCUUACACGAUGUACUCGGAAACAGUGGAGCUCAUCAGGUAUGCCAUGAGACUAAAAACCCACUCAGGCCCCAAUGCCACACCAGAGGAUAAACAGCUGGCUGCGUUGUGUUACCGAUGCCUCGCUCUCCUUUACUGGCGGAUGUUUCGACUCAAAAGGGAUCAUGCUGUGAAGUAUUCGAAAGCACUUAUCGACUAUUUCAAGAAUUCAUCUAAAGCAGCCCAAGCCCCAUCUCCAUGGGGGGCCAGUGGAAAGAGCACAGGGACCUCAUCCCCCAUGUCGCCCAGCCCCUCCCCAACCAGCUCCGUGGGAUCUCAGGGGGGCCUCCCCCAUGCCAAUGCCUUGUCCCCUUCGACCAUCAUCAGCAUCCCACAGCGCAUCCACCAGAUGGCCGCCAAUCACGUCAGCAUCACCAACAGCAUUCUCCACAGCUACGACUACUGGGAGAUGGCGGACAACCUGGCCAAGGAGAACAGAGAAUUCUUCAAUGACCUGGAUCUUCUCAUGGGGCCUGUAACCCUCCACAGCAGCAUGGAGCACCUGGUCCAGUACUCCCAGCAAGGCCUGCACUGGCUGAGGAACAGCACCCACCUAUCAUAGGGACCUCACCCUUGAGCUGGACUGUGCUCCUGUCUCCACAGUCCAAUCCAUGUUUCGGGACACUGUGCUACUGAAAUCUCCAGCCACAGCGUUCAUCAAACUGCGGCGAACAUUUUCUCAGCAUCGAACAAUGGUCUUUUCCCAGGGCACGUGUGUUUGUAUGUGUGGGUGUAGAAGAAGCUGUCUGUGUAUGUGUGUAAGACACACAGCUUCUUAGAACACAUUUUCUUUGUCUAGUUUCCAUAAUCCCUGACUAGACAAGGUGAUCAGUAUUUUCUAAUUAAAGAAAAUAUGCUUACACACAUACACACACAAAAUCACACACACACACACAUACAUACACACUUUCUAUUUCAAAGCUAAACCAUGACUUAGAACGUUCAACUAAAAUCUCAUGGGUUAGUUAACCAGGUGCAAUGCAGCACACCAAAAGCUUGACUGCCAGUUAGGAUGAGCCUAGUUCUUAUAUUAUUAAUUACGUUCAGUAUUAAUAUACUAUUUCCCAAUUAUUUUUUGAUCAUGUGUAUUAAUGGGUAAUUGAAUAAUGAAAAUAAGUCAGUUAUUUUUGUGCUGGACACUUACUAGGUUGCAUGUUACCAAAUACCCUGCCUUUCAUCAAAUACCCGACCUUCCAUCCAACUUUAUUAUCAGCUAAACACUUUGUAAGCAAAUGGAUCAACUCCCACUGGCCUGCCCUGCCCUGCCCCAAAAUAGUAUGAUAAGGGCACUGAGAUUUGGUAAGAAUUCAGUGUCUUUGAAAGCGAACUAACAUUAAAGCAAUGACACUGCGUUCUGGAGUUGGGUUAGGAUCUGAAAACUUCUGCACAAUUAAUGACAAGCCUGCCCAGCACAUGUGUUUCUUUUUCCUGCCACUGUGACAUGGUGGCUGUAGAGCCACAUGGCAUUUGUCGACCAAUAUUUUUCAAGUCUUUUCUUUCCACAAUAGCUUUUGUUCAAAUUUUCUUGGCCAAAUUAGGACAUUACCUAGAACGCCUCUUCACUAGGAGUCUGUAUUUGUUGCUUAUCAGGCUGAGAACUAUUUGCUAUCACGAUACUGCCUAAUUCUCUCACUCUUCAUGCAUAUUUGCCACUUUAACUCAUUUUGAACUGGGGGCUACGUUUAUGGCUUUGAUUAGCAAAUUGCUUACUGAGCAGGGCAAGUGAUUCCUGCGGUGGUUGCAGUGCUGUUUGGGUGGCAGUGACAAACCAUCACGCCGACAUCCUGUGCAUCUAUUUUUAUGUCUUGCCUUCGAUUCUUUUUUUUUAAUUAAGUUUACAUUUUAGUUUUUUGAUAUCUUGCUUACAGUUUUUGUCUGAAAGUUGUUUCUUUUAUAGUCUUUUGCCAUGCCCUAGAUUUAGUUUUGUUAAAUAUAUUUGGAUUUUUUUUAAAAAAAAAUUGGUUAAAAAGAAAAUCUGAAAAAAGAAAAGAUACACCUUGCCACACUUUAAAAACAAAAAUAAUGUCCUCGAGGCCUCUCACUUGACAAAAUUCUACCAGGACACUCUGAGAAAGACAGAUGAUCUGAUCUGUGGAGCAAUCUGUUUUUAAGGUGAUGGUGGUAUAAAACAUUGAUAAUAGAUACUGAUGUAUGCUCUCACUGACAGUCUGAUUGGCUUGGUAACAUCUUUGUUAACCUGAUCUAUAGGUGAGAAAUAAGAUUGCUGUAGUUUCCUAGCUCUAAGCGCUGAUUCAAAACUAUACAAAUGAUUGAACAGCUUUGGUGGCCUGAAAUUAAUUUAAAAUGAGCAAGUGAAGGGUUUUUCUUUUUUGAAAUUUGCAUAUGGCUUUGGCCUUCAAGCAUCUUGAACUUUUAACAGAAUUUCCAAUGUGCAUUUAUCCAACUGAGGUGCUUCUCACAUCCCUUUCACCAGUUGCUGUCAGCAGAGUUCAUGAUCCCAUUAUUUGAUGUUGCAGAUUUGAGUCUAACUUAAAUCGUGAACAGUUUUCUUGGAGGACCAAGACUUAGUUCUGCUUACUCUUGCUGAUGAGACAUUCAAACUCUCACAUAAAGGGAUGACCCUCAGGAUCCGUCAUACGUCCCCAGGGUGUUUUGCUGUCCUUUAAAGCUGCAGGCCUUGUGUGGUAUCCACGUGAUGUGCCAUCUUGAGAAACCCCAUCUAAAUGCACAGUAGCCUCUGGCUGACUGUACCAGUGACAUUUUCUCAGCGCUUUGGUGACCCAUGUCUCCCAACAAAAUGACACUGGUCAUUUUGGGGAUGGUCAGAGCAUGCAUUUCCUCUCACCAUCUUUCAUCUCAUCAGUAGAGCGCAUUGGGGCAGAAGUUUUUGUUUACUUGGAUGCAGAUGAUAUAGGUAAGGAACUGUCUUCCAUUGUUGCUUGUGAAAGUAAUUCAUAACUGUCCCUUUUAUUUAAUUUUGUUCAAAGUAGACAUGUCUCUCGUGUUUUCUGGUUAUAAAUGCAAUACAUGCUCAUUGUAAAAAUUCAGACAAUACAGAAAUGUAGAAAGUAGAAAGUAGUAAGUCCCACACCCUAGAGACAACCACUGCUCAGAUUGGUGUAUAUCCUUCUAGAAGUUCUUCCAUUUCAAUAUAUGUCUGUUAUCAUUUCUUUCUAUUUGAAAACAUAUUAUUUCCUCAGAAGUUCAACACAAGUUCACCUGACCUUAUCCUUCCAUGACCUGAACAGAUGCCAUCUUUAUCACAACAUUAGAGAUACCUUUCAAAGAAAGUAACCCAAAUACAUUCCUGAUUUAAAAAAAAAUGGAAUUUGUUACUACUCUACACAGAUCAGACUUAUGUGCAGAAUUGUGCCUGGAAAAGAGAGGUUUGGCCAAACAGAUAUGUCUGGAUAUUUCCACAUUGCAAAUGGAAACUCGGACCCACUAUCUAAAGAGGAAUGUACUAGAAAAACAGUCUGAAGAGUUGACAAAUUGUGUACUAGAUUGAACACAUGGAACGCAAUGCGGCGAGACUUCCUGAACUAAAACUCAUCCUGGUGUGUACAGCAAUGGUGUGUAUAUUAUAUAACAGUGAAGUGUGCGUUCCUGACAUCCCAUACAUCAUGUACACAGUUUGAAGAAAUGCAUACAUUUAAAAAUAUAUAUGUACAAUACGGCUACCAUAAAACUGUAGUAUGCCUGAAGGCUAUUACUCGUGCCUAAUAGUGAGUGUAAGUCACUGCGUGUUCGCUUCACCUUGGAAGUGCAGUAAUUGUUAUAAAAUUGAUCAGUGCAGCCAACAUUAUUUAUCACAUCUUUGAAACUGUGCAGUAGUAUAUACAUAUAUAUUUUUAAAUAACAUUUUUCACAGUUUUCCAGAGUUACUGUUGAAAUCUGUAUCACCAAAAAAAAAAAAGCAAGAUUUUUUUUAAUAAUGUAAACACUCUUCAGACCCAGUAAUCUGUGUGAUUUCCUGUUUGUGGAUACCCGAGAGACUUUAGCAGUCACCAGCCUUAAUGCAUGUACAGGAUAUUAUUGUGACUUAAUUUAUCUGCAGUUCUUAAUCCAUGUGAAAUUGGAAUUUAUAAGCUGACUUGGAUUAAAUAUGUCUACCUUCCUAAGGUUGCAAA